GCUGUCACAAAAUGUCAAAUUUGACAAAUCAAUUUGUCAGCACCAAAGCCAUCUUCUGCUGUCUGUGCUGUUGUUUUAUUUUUUUUUAAUCUUUCAACAAUAUUUCUUGGUGUUGUGUGUUUACGUGAAAAAAAAGGAAAAGGAAAAUUUGUGUGAAAUUGGAUGGAAAAGGGUUGGGAAAUGAUGGCAAAUGUUCCGUGAGCUAUGCUACUGCUUGUCCUUACGGCAUCUGCUGUGGCUGCUGCGCUGGCCACUGACAUCUGUCCCAGCCAGUGUGCCUGCCUCGAUGGCUAUGUCGAUUGUUCCCGGAAAGCCUUAGGACAGCCCCCAGUUGUGCCAAUGUGGACAGAAACCCUUGAAUUGUCCAUGAAUCGCCUUGGAGAUUCCAUUGGGCAGCAUCUUGGCAAUUUAUCAUCACUCCAUGAACUCAGACUCAAUCGGAAUCGUCUCAGUGCUCUGCCACAGUUCCGGGGACUUGAGCAUCUUCGUGCCCUGGCUGUCAGUCACAAUCGUAUCGAGAGUAUCGAUUCCAGUGCCCUGAAACUUUUGCCCAAUCUUCAGCAUCUCGAUAUCAGUCGGAAUUUGAUAACGAUCCUCCAAGCUGAUUGUUUUGGCUCUGCUCUGAGACUCCGUAGUCUCAAUCUAAACUACAAUGCCAUUGAAAUUGUUGCAUCAAAUGCCCUGAGUCAAUUGCGUCAUCUCACCGAACUCAAAAUCAAUGGUAAUCGCCUCAAGACACUCGAACAGGAAACAUUUAGUGGAUUGAGAAGUUUGAGACGUCUCCAAAUAACUGAUAAUCACAUUGAAGUGAUAAAUGGUUUAACAUUUCGGAAUUUGCAUCAUUUGAAGCACUUGAAAAUGCGCAAUAAUCGUAUUCAUACAUUAAUGGAUGGUGCCUUUCAUGGUUGCGUGAGUCUUAUUAGUUUGGAUUUAGAUUUAAAUGGUAUCUCAACAAUAUCCAAACGUUGGCUAUUCAAUCUCACAAAUCUCAGUCAAUUGUCCGUAUCAGAAAAUCGUAUUGGUGACAUUGAAAUGGAUGCAUGGGAAUUUGUGCAGCAUUUGGAAAAUUUGGAUUUAAGUGGUAAUCGUCUUGUUAGUAUUGGACGUAUGACAUUGAUGGGUCUUCCAGAUCUCAAGAGGCUCAAUUUGCGUGGUAAUAGUUUAUCAAGUAUCGAUGAGGCUGCUUUUCAUACCACUCAACGUUUGACAAUUCUCGAUCUCAGUGCCAAUGAAAUAUCAUGGACAAUUGAGGAUCAAAGUGCACCAUUUGGUGCAUUGAGGCAUUUGAAGAGUCUCCAUUUAGCCUCAAAUUGUAUCAAAAGUGUCAAUUGUAAGGCAUUUAUUGGUCUCAAUUCACUCCAUGUACUCGAUCUCAGGGACAAUGGUAUCACAAGCUUCCAGGAGGAUGCCCUGGAACCACUACAAUCUCUCAGGGAACUCCAUUUGAAUACAACAAGUCUCCUAUGUGAUUGUCAUUUGCAAUGGCUCAAUAUUUGGAUGGGUGAACAUCCAGGAAUAAUUUUGGGCGAUACUAUUUGCAACUUUCCCGUUUGGUUGCGUCACAAAAACCUUCAGGAUCUUCAAGUUGUCAAUUUGACAUGCAGUGACAGUCCAAAGCCCCAAAUACUUGCUCAACCCGUCGCACAGAUGGCACUGAAGGGAUCAAAUGUAACAUUGGAAUGUAGUGCAAUUAGUACAUCGGGUAGUCCAAUGGUGUUCCAAUGGAAGCGUGACAAUGUUCAAUUGACAGAAUAUGAGAGGCAAGAGAGUACACAAUCACAGCCAGAUAUUGAUAAUGCCACUGUGGCAACAUCGCAGCUCUUCCUCCGGAAUGUCUCGCACGAGCACAUGGGGCGCUAUCAAUGUGUCGUCAGCAAUAGCUAUGGCGUUACGUACAGCACAAAAAAUCGAAUUGCAGUUGGAAUCCUUCCAAUUUUUCGCAAGACACCGUCAAAUGUGACUGUUGUUGCUGGUGCUACGGCUCGACUAGACUGUGCUGCUGGUGGUGAACCUAGGCCCCAGAUGGCCUGGCAGAAAGAUGGUGGAAAUGAUUUUCCGGCUGCUAGAGAACGUCGUAUGCACGUAAUGCCAACUGAUGAUGCCUUUUUCAUCAUCAAUGCCAAAACGAGUGAUCAAGGUGUCUAUACGUGUACAGCUGAAAAUGAUGUUGGUGUUGUUAAAGUCAAUGCAACAUUGAUCGUGCACGAAGCCCCAUCAUUCUCCAAGCCAAUGGAGAAUAAAGAAGUGACAGUUGGUAGUGCAAGUGUCCUUGAGUGUUUGGCAUCUGGAUCACCAAAACCACAAUUGCGUUGGACAAAAGAUGGUGAUGCCAUUGAUGCCACUGAAAGGCACUUUUUUGCUGCUGAAGAUCAACUAUUGAUAAUUGUUGGGACACAAUUGGGUGAUAGUGGAAUGUAUGAGUGUGAAAUGAAGAAUGAUUUGGGUGUAGCUAUUGGUGGAGCUAGAUUGACAGUUGUCGCUGGUGCAUUGGGUAUUAAAACACUAACAGCUACAACGAUAAAUGACAUUGUAGGAAUUGUUGUGAUAACUGUUGUACUUUGUGCUGUUGUCACAUCAAUUGUAUGGGUAGUGAUUAUCUAUAAGGCCAAAAAGGCAUCGACAAUGCACAAUUUUGUGGCAGGAGAUGGUACAACACCACAAAUGCUGUAUAAAACACCUGAACAUCAACAUGAUGCCCAUUCAGCAUCAACGGCCACAUUGCCAGACGAUGAUACACCCGGUAUGGCACCACCGGACAAUCUAGUGGUCAAUAUUCAUGUAAAUCAGCUGCAUCGAAUGCUGGAGGACCCAGAGUCCGCUUAAGUUCCUCAAUUUAAACACAAAUUUAAAUGAUAAAAAAAGUAAAAAAGUAAGAAAACAACGUAAAUGCAAUACAAUUAACUGAAGUAGCUAAAUUUCCCAAGAUUCCCCAAAAAAAAAAUCUCCUCAAUCCUUUUCCAUUUCCCCACCAAUGUCCCUCCUUGAAGUAUAAUUAAUUAGCUAAUUAAUGACUGAAGAAAAAAAGAAGAAAAAAAAAGAAACAAAACACUCUUAAAUCUGUAUUAGGAACUACACCGAUAAGUAAAAAAAAAAAGAAGAAGAAAUAGAUACUAAUGUAAAUUUUAAA